CAACACUCGAGCAGCGGAGGGGACGAGGGAUCGUUUAUGCGCAAUUUGGGGACCAAAAAAUAUAAUACACCCCAAACAGACAAGCAGGAAUCAUGGGGAGUGUGUUCCUGCCGGCGGACGCGGCCCACUCGGUGCUGCGACGGCUGCGCAGGGCCAACUUCAUGCUGGAAGAGAUGAAGCAGGGCAGCAUCCAGAGAGAAUGCCGAGAGGAGAUCUGCACCUACGAGGAGGCCAGAGAGGCUUUCGAGAACGACGAGAAGACGAGACGAUUCUGGGAAGAAUACGUGCGGGAGAUUAGUCCAUCUGGAGGGCUGGAGACGGUGGUUGGCGGAGUUCACUCUCUCUACCUGAUUGUGCCAUUGCUGCUGGUCGUGCUCAUCAUCGCCGCCGUCGCCAUCACCGUGUGGCGUUGCCAGUCCCGCAAACGCUCACAGCGCAGCCCCAGCCUGGGACACUCACAUCAUGACCACGUCCUGUCAGUGGUCUCUAUGGACCAUUGGGGGAGGGAUUACCACCACGGUGACCAAUCAGAACUCAGCGUCCACAGCAGCCCCGCUUAUCCAGGCUCGGAGGUCACAUCAGGGAGAGGGAGCGCCGGUGACCCUCCACCAUCCUAUGAGGAGGCUGUGGGCCACGCUGACGUACACAUAGAGACAGAGCCACCUCCACAGUAUGACGAUAUAGUCAACGCCAGCACAACUAGUGGCCAUGGGAAGUAAACCUGUCUUUCACUACGACCCCAACUAAAGCCCUAACCAACACUAAGACCAUCUUAUUGUUUAGCAGCACUACUGUUGUGCUAUCACCAGCCUUCCCCAUUCAACACACACAGAAACACUACUAUCUGUCUGGUUAAGUGACUAAUGCAACCUUUGCCAGAGCCAGCGCUGUUGAAAUUUGCACUAACAUUUCCUCAAUGAGGUGAAGUGGAAGCAGGAAGGAGCAAAUUAUAUGGCAAUACCAAAACCAACAAACACCUCAACUGAAUUGAAGUUGCAUCUAUGCUAUCACACUUUAGCAAAUCAUUUAACUCAGAAGAUGUGGCGUAAAGAAGAAAACUGGGUUCAUAUUGCCAUUAUGAAGGACAGCUAAGUAUAUAUGAAGGUUGGACUGAUGCUUUAUUUAAGGCUAGUGCCAAUCUUUUUAGAGUUGAGUGGCCAAUAUUGGAUAUUUUGUGCCUACUAAUUAUAUCUUUAAAGCUGGAGUGUCGGACUUUACACAUAAAUGAACAUCUGUUACAUUCAAGCCUUUGCCAAACGAGUUCUCACAAUACUGAUUAACUGUACUGUUUUUAAAUCUGGUGUGACAUUCCUGCUCUGGUGCAACGGUAGUGAGGCAUUUUACAUCAAGUAGUGAUGAUUGGUUUCCUCAGAUUUUCGGAGGGAUUGCGUCAUGUUUGGCAUCCUUAACUAUCCAGAUGGUUGUUUGGUCGUGGGGCAUCUUUGUCUUUAUCAAGUUAUACUAAGCUGUUGUAAUUGUUGCUGUAGGACGGUUAAUAUGUCACUUAAGUUUUAUACAUUUUUCAGGUGAGAAAGGUACUAUUUAGAUUCCCAAUAUGUGGUCAGUUUUUCCAAUUAACAGCUGGUCGGUAUAUGUCUUAAAGUACAUGUCAACAGUGUUUUUGUAAUUACUCUCACUGCCAGAAGGGGGAGACAAAUGGCGCUUUUCCACUAUACAGUUCUAGCACUAAUCGGCUUGACUCGACUCAGUAUACCAGGAACGACCUUUUCCAUUACUCCAUAGUACCUACUCAACGUGGGCAGGGUCAUCAUAGCACGGCUGCGCGAAACUGCUGUGACUUCGUUUUAUACGCGACACAAACACAUAAACAAUGGAGGACAUGGAGGUGAUGGUGUACUUACUGCUGUAUGUAUAUAGGCUUU